AUUGGACGAUUGACAAAUCGAGCAAAAUUGCAUCCCUGCAUCGAAAGAAAGAUCUGGUUAACUUAAAAUCAAACAUAUCUUUAUUUGUAAUUUAAAAUCUAUCCUGAUGUGCUAGUUAUAGGGUAAAUUUAUAUUGCAAUAACUUAGUCACUAGAAAUAAAAUGAUUACGCUUAAUAGAAAAUUUAAGAAAGAAAACCCUGAGAAUACAAAUGGUGUUACUGUCGAUGUACCCAAAAGGAUAUCGGUUAGGGAUAAACUACUGGUCAAGGAGGUGCAAGAAAUGAAUGAGAAUCUCCCUACGACUUGCUCAGUGCACUUCGAGGACCCGAACGUCUUUAGUGAGUUCAUUCUGACCGUGAUUCCUGAUGAAGGCUACUGGCUGGGGGGCAAAUUUAAGUUCAGUGUGUUCGUCACCGAAGACUAUAAUAUGGCGCCUCCUAAGGUGAAAUGCUUGACAAGGCUAUGGCAUCCCAACAUCAAUGUAGAUGGAGAUAUUUGCUUGUCCCUGCUGAGGCAGACUUCUAUUGAUGAGCACGGCUGGGCGCCUACAAGACGUCUUAAAGAUGUUGUUUGGGGUCUCAACUCACUAUUCACAGAUCUCUUAAAUUUCGAAGAUCCUCUGAACAUAGAAGCUGCAGAGAUGUACAAUCAGAAUAAGGCUGAGUUUCAAGUUAAGGUUCAGGAGUACAUAGCAACGUCUAAAGGGAAGAGAUGAGGAAAGCAUAACCGGCGAUCAAAUCCAACGAA